ACUCUCUCCUCUUCCGCUUUCCACUCUCUUCCAUGUGACAGCCCAGACAGGACAGCUACAGGAAGGUACCUGAGGGAGGUACCCUAGCUCUCCAAGCUCUUUAAUUCUGUUUCCUGUUUCUUCUAAUAUCUCAACAAUUUAUCCUCUCAACAGCAGAGUUGCAAAUUAUUUGCAGUCUUCUUAGAACCUCUCCCUUCUGUGACUCUUCCGUGAACUUGUUACGUCAGUGAUCACGACUUUUGCCAUUACCUCACUUUACUCUUCGUGCCUGUUUGCUUUCUUGGCUACCCGUCUGCCAUUAUGGCUCUUGGUUUGAAAGACUUUGUCGACUAUGUCGACUAUGACAAGCAGAGCUUGUACAUCUCUGCUGCCUCCAUCGCCUUCAACCCUCUCUUCUGGAACAUCGUCGCCCGUCAAGAAUACCACAACAAGCUUCUGACCAAGAUUUUCGGCGGUAACUCCCAAGUUGCCUGCUAUGCCCUUGCUGCCACUAUCUUCUCUCUCGGUAUGAUUCGCGACUUUAUCUUCAAGACUGCCAUCGCCGAACAACCCACGCAUCCCGCUCUUGUCAGCGACUUCAUUCAGGCCGCCGCUGUUGCUCUGUUUAUCGUUGGUAACGUCCUGGUCGUCUCUUCAACCUGGCGACUAGGCAUUACUGGCACUUUCCUCGGUGACUACUUUGGCAUUCUCAUGGACGAGAUGGUGACUGGCUUUCCCUUCAACGUGACCGGUUCUCCUAUGUACACUGGCUCUACCUGCAGCUUCCUCGCUACCGCCAUGUGGUAUGGCAAGCCUGCCGGUAUCCUGCUCACAUUGUGGGUCGAUGUUGUCUACAGGAUCGCUCUGAAAUUUGAGGACCCGUUCACUUCUGAAAUCUACGCCAAGCGUGAGCGUGAGCGUGCUGCUGGAAAGAAGUCCAACUAAGCUCCUGAAUCCUGUCUAAACUCUCCCAAGUAAACGACAAUAAGAGUGACGGGACAGCAUAUCAGCGCCGCCUGAGACGUUAUUAGGGCCGCACAAACGAAGGGAGACUGCAAGACAGCCCCAUCGAGUCGAAUAGUGUACAAUAUACACCAAGUCGACACAGAAAGCUACGCCUUUCAACAGGCCAGGUGCCUUUCAACAGGCUUAAGGAGUUUUCGGAUUAAACAUACAGAUACCACGUCCUUGCCGACAUAAAAUAGUCAACAGGCAUAAGGGAUUACAUUUGAUUAUAUAGCAAUACCAAACUGAGCAUUUGCAACCAAGACCAUAUAUAUGGACGACCUUUUCUCCAAUAUUCCAAGACUGGUAGCAACUGAUCCCCCUCCAGACACCACGCCUGUAGACUCACGCAUGGUCC